AUGUAAGUAUAGCACUUCACUCUUAUUUUACUCAAUUGAUUCGUGAAACGUUUACCGACAAGAUGGAUUUAGAGAAAGAGUUGACAAAUAAAUUUUUAAGCGGUGAAAUGUCUUUCGCCGAAUACUCUAGUGAAUGGUUCAAUUAUGAUGAUGAUGACGAAGACAGUGAGCCAAACAGAAGAAGUUUGGAUGAGUCAAGACACAUAAGUCAAGUUGUUGAAAAAGGUAUAAUAAGACGACGAAAAGGAACCCGAUUGACACCGGCUUUGCUGGGUCUCAUGGGUGAAGCAAAUUUGCGUUUUGCUAGAGGAGAUAAAGAGACUGCAGAACGCAUGUGUCAUGAAAUUAUAAAGCAGGUACCUACAUCUGCAGAGCCUUAUCAAACACUAGCUCAAAUAUAUGAAAGUGAUCCUGAGAAGUCAUUGCAAUUCUCUUUACUAGCUGCACAUUUGAGUCCAUCAGAUCCCAAUGAGUGGCUGAGGUUAGCAGCUAUUUCUAAACAAAGAGGUGAUAUAAAGCAGGAAAUGAUGUGUUACACUCAAGCCAUAAGAGCAGAUCCCCAAAACUUAGACAAUCACUUAAAGAGAAUUGAAGUCUUAGAUUUUUUAGAAGAAAAUAAAUAUCCACUAAGUAUGUUUAAUGUGACUCAUGUAAGAUGUUACCAUAAAAUAGCAACUUCCUUACCUGCUAGUGAGCCUGAUACUAUCAUGAAAUAUACUAGGCUUGGUGUAACUUUAUAUCACAAUAGUAAUGAAAUUGAAAGGGCUUUAGAAUUAAUGGGAGCUGUAUAUAAAAAAUGUCCAACAGCAUUUAAUUUAGAAGAUAUAAAUAUUUUAUUGGAGUUACUUAUAUCCAGAAAACAAUAUCAAACAUGUCUGGAGGUGUUUGUUGCAAGUGCAGGGGUAACCAUUGAGGCAGAAAUUCAGACUAUUGAAAACCCUAAGGGUGAAAUAGAAGAGCAAACAAAUUAUUUAGAAUGCUCUAUGCCUAAUGACUUGCAAAUUGAUUUGAAGAGCAAGUUGUUGGUUUGUUUUAUAUAUCUUGGUGCUAUUGAACUGGUUCGCAAUUUGCUGAAGGAUUUCUUGACCAAUGAUGUUGAGAAAGCUGGAGAUCUAUAUAUGGACAUAGAAGAGGCACUGUCUGCCAUGGGACACCAUGAGCUAGCCAUGCAGCUCUUAGAACCUCUUGUCAAUAAUACAAGUUUUAAUCUAGGUGCAGUCUGGCUAAAACAUGCUGAUUGUCUGCAUAAUUUAGGCAAAGAUGAUGAUGCUAUUAAAUCAUAUUACAAAGUUUUAAGCCAUGCCCCUCAACAUCCAGAAGCUCGUCGAAAAUUGUAUAAUAUUCUUAUAAAAAAAGGACAACUGAAUGAAGCUGUGAAUAUCUUGCAACAAGAUUAUCGAUAUGCUAUCAGCAUGGAAUUACUUUAUGAACAAUAUUGUGUUUUGAAAGAACAUAAUAUAUCUGAAAAAUAUAUGGAAGUUGGUCAAGCAUUGCUGUCAAAAACAUUUAUUCAAUAUAGGCAUCCUGAAGAACUUGCUAUUGGUUACAGUCAGAAAAAUCCUAAAAAUAGUAUUGAACUCAUUCAGAAUUUCCGUAAUGUUAGAGGUGAAAUGAAUUGUUUGCCAAAUGAAAUACACUUUGAUGAAGAUGAAACAUUUAAAUUAACCCCUGAGCAGGAGUGGGACCUUUUUAAAGAGUUAUUAGAAAUUGCUUUCAAAAAUAAAAAGUAUAACACCAUGCAAAGAUUGACUGCUGGUGCCAUGACUUCAAAGUCUUUGUUACCACAUCGAGCUGAUAUCGAAUUCCUUUCUUUUCAAGCAUGUCUUCUGAAUAAUGAUAUAGAAAAUGCAAAUCGGUUUAUCAAAGAUUUUGCUCAAAGAUACCCAACAAUACGGACAUGGAAUCUCCUUGGAUUUCUACUUCUUACUGUGGUAGAAAUAAAUCAUAUAAAAUAUUUAAUGAGACUGUUCCAGAAAGAGACAAUACCAAGUGAUGUAAAGAGUUUACUUUUGGGAAAUAAUUUUCUUAUGUCUGGGAGAUAUAUUGUAGCAUUCAAACAUUUUUUAAAUUUUCAUAAUAAAAACCCAAUGGACCCAUUAUCAGCAUUAUUAAUUGGGAUUACUUUACUAAUAAUGGCAUCACAGAGAACUGUUAGCAAACAUCAAAAUUUGAUAUUACAAGGCAUUUCAUAUUUGCUGACGUAUCAAAAAUUGAGAAAUUGUGAUCAAGAAUCGUAUUACAACUUGGGCAGGGCUUACCAAAUGUUGAGCAUCAAUAAUUUAGCUAUAGAAUAUUAUGAAAAGGCAUUAGCUUCUGGACCAAUCACUGUUUGCACAGAUCAUGGAGUCACAGAUUUGACUAUGGAGACAGCCUAUAACCUCUACAUUCUUUAUAAGGACCAGUCUCCUCAAAUGGCGAGGCAAUACUUAAAUAAAUAUAUCGUAAUAUAAUUUAUAAAAUAAUAAAGUAAUUAUGUUCAUUUCAA